AUGGCGCAAGAGAAGAAGGAAAGGUUAUUCGAAAAGAAGAAAACUCUUAGUGGCUGCACCUUGAAUGCUUCUGAAGCACAAGCAAAAAUGGAGGUUCAUGAAACGGGUUCUGCGAUUCAAGUCAUUCUGACAUGUGGGAUCGAUAACAAUUUCAUUUUCUGUGAAAUUCUUCGGAUACUCAGCGAACUCAACGUUGAGGUUGUCACUGUCAAUUCUACAAUGGUGGGAGAUUCAAUGGUCCAAGUCGUGCAGGGUGAGUUCUCUUGUUUUUGCUUUGGUCUUUUAACUUCAAUGGCUGCAGCCUAUGAAGUCAAUGUCUCGUCUCUAUAA